UUCUGUCCUUUAUAUCUUCAUACAUUAUUAAAGGAUAGAAAAACAUUGAUAUGCACUGUUUUCAGUAAUGUAAAACUUUAACAUCGAAAUUAUACUUUUCAAAUUGGUUUUGUAGCAAAGCAGCAAAUGCCAAAUAUUGUGGUAUGAAAGAGAAAGUUUACUAAUCUCCAUAGAAGUUCCAAAAUUACAUAUUUUUUUAUUUAGCCAUUUCUAGGAAAACUGGAAUAUUUCUAGAGAAAUGCAAUUAUUUAAAAUAACCAGAGGAGCCUAUGUCCAGGUUCGUAAAAUCCAUUUAGGGGCAAUUGCGAAUGCGGAAGCUGCAAGUCUCAAAAAGGCAGAUAAAUCAACAACACGUCAAAAGACUUUUGGAAUUUAUCGUUGGAAUCCUGAUGAGCCUGAAAAAAAACCAUACCUGCAAGAAUAUUCUGUGGAUUUGAACUCCUGUGGUCCAAUGGUUUUGGAUGCACUUAUCAAAAUAAAGAAUGAAAUUGAUCCUACAUUAACAUUCAGGAGAUCGUGUCGUGAAGGAAUUUGUGGCUCUUGUGCUAUGAAUAUUGGAGGUGUCAAUACUUUAGCAUGUAUAAGUAAAAUUGAUACUACACCUGGUAAAACUACAAAAAUAUAUCCGCUACCUCAUAUGUAUGUUGUGAAGGAUUUGGUUCCGGAUAUGAACAACUUCUACAAACAAUACAAAUCCAUUGAACCAUGGCUACAAAGGAAGUAAGUUCAAUUAUUUUGAGGUUCCUAA